AUGGUCCACUUCGCAUACAGCCACAUAGCUUUCAUCACCCUGUUGGCACUUACAGCCAUAAAUUCAGGCGAGUCGACGAGUAAAGAUGCAAUUUCAGCGAGACUUGCUAAAAUCAAGGACUUCAUUCUCAAAGAAGAACCACACUUUCAAGGAAACAUGAAAACGUUUCUGGGCUGCCUGGAAUAUGCAUACGAGUACUAUUGGGGAUUCAAGGCAUUUAAUAAUACGCUUAACUUUUUUCCCGAAGACCCUCAUAAGAAAUUAGUCGAUGCGAAAAACUGUAUCCAACAAGAAACCUUGGAAUAUAAAGAUGGGAAAAUUCUGAACGAAAACCUAUUGAAGGGGUUGUGAGGGAAUUGAGGAGAAGUUCCACGAUGAAUUUCAAAUGUUGGCGUAACACUUAAUACAUGUAGACUGUAGUAGCUUUCGUAAAUAUUUCAUUUUUAAUUUAAAUUAAAUAAAUCACUUUU